AAUUUGUGGUGACAUUAUAGUAUGUUUAAAUGAUGUUUCUCGUUAUGUAGGAAAAAGGAAAAAAGGACAUCCUUAUAUAGACUUCGAUGACGUAAGAUUACCAGUCAGCAAGCUUACCUGUCUUACUAAGCUUAUUAAGCUUAUGUAAUCAGUAAAAGCAGCCGACAGUGAGUGCAUUCUUUCUUUUACAUUCUAUUGAUAUCUACUCUGUAGGAUAUAGAUCGUAUGGUGCUGCAGCAGGUCCUGUGUCAAGAAUGUCUCAUGGGAUAUAUAGUUCACACCGACUUAUUCAUUUCAAAGCGCACCUUCAAAGCCGGAGUGGGUCAUCUUUGAAGAUCAGACUAAUUGGCGCAUUCUCAGAAAUGUUUUAUGGGAUAAAUAGCUCACCGCUUGUUCAUAUCAUAACAUUCCGUCUGUGAGUAAAAAGCCGGGGUGGGGCAUCUUUGAAGAUAAGACUAGUUGGUGCAUGCCAAAAAAAUGUCUUUUUUGGGAUAAUAGCUCACCGAUUCAUUCAUAUCAUAACAUUCCUUCAAGACGGUAGUCCGAGGUAUUUAAAGGUCAAACUGGCUAAUUUAUUCUUAAGAACCUUGAUAGUCAAAUGAAAUACACGUCGCUAGCAAUCGCCUUACUAGCCAAUAGUGUCUUAUCUCAAACUUGCGAAAAUAUAAGUGUUAGGAGAGAUUGGAACAAUCUCAAUGACGAAGAGAAGGCGAGCUACAUCAGCUCAGUGAAGUGUAUGAUGGAUAAGCCUUCAUUAUCUAUCAAUGGUCAAACACAGGCUUCAUUACACGAGGAUUUCACAUUCGUACAUCAAUAUCCAGGAUACGCUAUUCAUUGGGUUGCCAGAUUUUUACCAUGGCAUCGUUGGUUCAUUUACGCGUAUCACAAAGAAUUACAAGAAUGUGGAUUCGAAGGCGCAUUACCUUACUGGAGCUGGGAGAAUGAUUAUCAAAAUCUCACUCAGUCCGCCAUUUGGGACAGUGACCCUAUUAUCGGUUUUGGAGGCUAUGGUGACUUUGAUUAUGAUAACAUUUAUAAUUCUACUAUUAUCACUGAUGGUGCUUUUGCAAAUUAUGAAGUAAACUUUCCAUUCAACCACCAGUUGACUAGAAAUCUUAAGCUUUCUGAGACUUACCCGUCUGAUGGCCCAGGUCCAUAUGCUCAACGUGGAUAUGACCCUGUCAAUAUGAACAAUUUAACCACGAUUGAAAUUUUCGAGGAGUUUGCAAGCUCCGUAGAGUCUCCACCAAAGCAAUACAAUCCUUAUGGUUAUCCAGGUCCACAUGGAGCUAUACAUCUCGCUGUUUUUGGUGAUAUGGCAACUGAUGGUGCAAACAAUACAGCUCCUAAUGAUCCAUUGUUCUACAUGCAUCAUUCUAAUGUAGACAGAGUUUGGGCAAGUUGGCAAAAUCUCAAUGAAGAGAAUGUCUUUAAAUACGCCGGUAACACUGAUUUCUAUUGGGAGUCUGGUAUAAGGAGUGGCUUACCUGCUACUUUAGAAGAUCCACUGUUAUUCGCUGGGGUGGGUGCACUAGACAGUGAUGAUCUACAAGUCAAGGACGUCAUGAAUACAACUGAAUGGCCAUUGUGUUAUACGUAUGAAGAUCUCAGUCCUUGGAAUAUCUAAAUAAUCCAUCACUACUAAUACAUGUUUAAUUUUGUGAUCGAAUCUAUUAAUGAUCAGAGGGUAGGGUUUUAGUGUGAUCGAUGCAACCUUUAGCGGCAAGCUGAAAAUAUUGUAUCUUCCAUCUUUCACUUUGUCUAACGAGAAUGUCUGAAGUCGUUGCUUUUGUAGAUGUACGCUAUCUCGAAUUUAUU